UAUUAAUCUUUUAAAAUUUAUUAUCUUCCCAAUAUAGAAUUUGGCUGUAUAAAAACCAAGAUUUUUUUAAAUUACAGAGAUGCUUGUCUGUUCCUAUAUUCUUCUUGUACCGUUAAACUUAUUUAGAGUUGGUAGGAGUUCUUAAAAUAUAAAAUAAAGCACACCGAACCACAAAUCGCAUGUAUCUUCGUUUUGUGCUAAUAUUCAAGCGAUCUAAGAUGCUCCUCCUAGUGAAUAUACAAUUUGUGAAUAUUACAAUGUUUUGGUUGUUUUGUUUGGCAAAAUCCAAACCUUUAAUACAAGGCAGACUUUCCUUGGCAGAACCAACGAAUUACUAUUUCCGUGAUGCGAAUGGUCCGGGAACUUAUGCUUUUGGAUAUGACGUGGACGAUCCAGAAACGGACAAUCUUCAAUUUCGGGAUGAAGAACGUCAUGCCAAUGGCACAGUAACUGGAAAAUAUGGAUGGGUUGCACCAGAUGGACAGGUUUAUAUGGUCAAAUACAUAUCAGAUAACUUUGGAUACAGGGCAAAGGUAGAAACUUUACCAAACUUCAAGAAAUACAAAACUAGAAGAUUUAGGACAUCAUUUAAUAAUUUAUUCUAA